UAAUCGUUGUUUUCAGGCGUCUGACUUAAUAGCGAAAAGAAAAUGCCGGAGCUAGCGGUGGAAAAUGUGGUCGUUCACCCGUUGGUAUUGCUCAGCGUUGUCGACCAUUUUAACAGAAUAGGCAAGGUUGGCAAUCAGAAAAGAGUGGUGGGCGUCCUCUUGGGGUCCUGGCAGAAAAAAGUACUUGAUGUUUCAAAUAGCUUUGCAGUACCGUUCGACGAAGAUGACAAGGAUGACUCCGUGUGGUUCCUGGACCACGACUACUUGGAGAACAUGUAUGGGAUGUUCAAAAAAGUUAAUGCCAGAGAAAGAAUUGUGGGGUGGUACCAUACGGGGCCCAAGUUGCACAAGAAUGACAUCGCCAUCAAUGAGCUCAUCAAGCAGUACUGUACCAAUUCUGUUUUAGUCAUUAUUGACGUGAAACCCAAAGACCUCGGCCUUCCCACAGAAGCGUACAUCUCUGUAGAAGAAAUACAUGACGAUGGAACGCCAACAUCCAAAACGUUUGAGCAUGUCACCAGCGAAAUUGGAGCUGAGGAAGCGGAAGAAGUGGGAGUGGAGCACCUGCUCAGAGAUAUCAAAGACACCACAGUGGGCACACUGUCGCAGCGCAUCACAAAUCAAGUCCACGGCCUGAAGGGGCUCAACUCCAAGCUGCUGGAAAUCCGCUCGUACCUGGAGAGGGUAGUGGCCGGCAAGCUUCCCAUCAACCACCAGAUCAUCUACCAGCUGCAGGACGUCUUCAACCUGCUGCCUGAUGUAAAUCUGCUGGAGUUCACCAAGGCCUUCUACCUGAAGACCAACGACCAGAUGCUGGUGGUCUACCUGGCAUCGCUCAUCCGCUCCGUGGUGGCCCUGCACAACCUGAUCAACAACAAGAUCUCCAACAGAGACGCCGAGAAGAAGGAGGGCCAGGAGAAGGAGGAGGGCAAAAAAGAGAAGAAGGAUGACAAGGAGAAGAAAGAGGACAAGGAGAAGGACAAAACGGACAGCGCCAAGAAAGAUGAGAAAAAGAAGAAAUGAGCGGCUCUCUGGCUAUCCGUAGGACUCUGUGGGGAAUGGUGUCAAUUGAGAUACACACACUCAUACACUCAAAGACUGUUCUUGAUGAUGAUGUUCUGAAACACGAGAACAUGUUUAUUGUGUUUUCUGAGUUGCCAUACAUCUGGUGCUGCACUGCACCUCGGCACUGUUCUUUUUUAAGAUGCUCUCUGUAUCACUUAUUAAAUUUGAAUCGGAAUCACAUUCAA